AUGGGGAAGCUCGAGGACAACGAGAGGGUGAUCCUCAACGUGGGGGGCACGCGGCACGAGACCUACCGCAGCACCCUGAAGACCCUGCCGGGGACCCGCCUGGCUCUGCUCGCCUGCGAGUCCCAGAGCGAGUCCCCGGGCGGCGAGGAGCCCCCGCCGCCGCCCCCCAACCCGCCGCCACCUCCGGCGGGCGGCUGCCCGGAGCCCGGCAGCGGCUGCAGCCCCCGGGGCAGCGGCGGCGCCAGCGAGUUUUUCUUCGACCGGCACCCAGGGGUCUUCGCCUAUGUGCUCAACUAUUACCGCACCGGCAAGCUGCACUGCCCCGCCGACGUCUGCGGGCCCCUCUUCGAGGAGGAGCUGGCCUUUUGGGGCAUCGACGAGACCGACGUGGAGCCCUGCUGCUGGAUGACCUACCGCCAGCACCGCGACGCCGAGGAGGCCCUCGACAUCUUCGAGGCACCCGACCUGCUGACGGGCGAGCCGCCCCCCGACGGCGACGACGACGACUUGGCCGCCAAGAGACUGGGCAUCGAGGACGUGGGGGCGGCCGCCGAGGGCAAGGGCGGGCGCUGGCGGCGGCUGCAGCCCCGCGUCUGGGCGCUCUUCGAGGACCCUUACUCCUCCCGUGCCGCCAGGUUCAUCGCUUUUGCCUCUUUAUUCUUCAUCUUAGUUUCAAUCACAACCUUCUGUCUGGAAACACAUGAGGCUUUCAAUACUAUUAUAAACAAAACUGAACAGGUCAUCAACGGGACAGAAGCUGUGUUACAGUAUGAGAUUGAGACAGAUCCUGCACUGACAUACGUGGAAGGAGUCUGCGUGGUAUGGUUUACGUUUGAAUUUUUAGUACGUGUUAUUUUUUCUCCCAACAAACUUGAAUUCAUCAAAAACCUCUUGAAUAUCAUUGACUUUGUGGCCAUCCUGCCCUUUUACCUAGAAGUGGGCCUGAGUGGGCUCUCCUCCAAAGCUGCUAAGGACGUGCUUGGUUUCCUCAGGGUGGUAAGGUUCGUCAGGAUCCUCCGGAUUUUCAAGCUCACCCGGCACUUUGUGGGCCUCAGGGUGCUGGGCCACACUCUGCGAGCCAGCACCAAUGAAUUUCUGCUGCUGAUAAUAUUCCUGGCACUCGGUGUUUUGAUAUUUGCCACUAUGAUCUACUACGCAGAGCGGGUGGGAGCCCAGCCUAAUGACCCAUCAGCGAGUGAACACACACAGUUCAAAAACAUCCCCAUCGGCUUCUGGUGGGCUGUAGUCACCAUGACCACCCUGGGAUAUGGGGAUAUGUAUCCACGGACUUGGUCUGGCAUGCUGGUGGGAGCCCUGUGUGCACUGGCUGGAGUGCUCACCAUAGCCAUGCCCGUGCCUGUGAUAGUUAACAAUUUUGGGAUGUACUACUCCCUGGCCAUGGCAAAACAGAAACUGCCAAGGAAGCGAAAGAAGCACAUCCCUCCUGCUCCUCAAGCCAGCUCACCCACCUUCUGCAAGACAGACUUGAACAUGGCCUGCAAUAGCACACAGGGUGACAUCUGCUUGGGCAAGGAUAACCAGCUGAUGGAACACAACAGAUCAUCAGCCACCGUGUCCCACCCUGUUGGACUCCAUGGUGUUUUGCCUCAGUGUCUGUCUCUUGUGUCAGCUUUGCCUGUGCCACAUCGUGGCCUGUUAAGCAAGAUCCUACAAAGAAGCAGUCAUUUAAAAGGAGCAGUGUUAUCAGGUGAAGACAGUGCAGGAAGUGAGCAGCCACUGUCACCUGGUGAAAGGCUCCCUCCCAUCAGACGUUCUAGUACAAGAGACAAAAACAGAAGAGGGGGAACAUGUUUCCUACUGACAACAGGUGAUUACACGUGUGCUGCUGAUGGAGGGAUCAGGAAAGGCUAUGAAAAAUCUCGAAGCUUAAACAACAUAGCAGGCUUGACAGGCAAUGCUCUGCGACUGUCUCCAGUAACAUCACCCUACAGCUCACCUUGUCCUCUAAGGCGCUCUCGGUCUCCCAUUCCUUCCAUCUUGUAA